ACUUCAGUAAGGUAAAUUUCAAUUGAGUAGUAUGGAGGAAAGGAAGCUGGGGUUCUGGAGAUUGGAUGAAACACUGAGGAAACAAUCAAAGAGUUGAGACUACAGGGAGAAGUACCUCUUUCCUUCAUUUGUUUAUUUAAUAAAUAUUUCUUGAGUACUUACCACGUCCCAGACACUGUGCUGAAAGCUGGGGAUUUGUCCAUGGAGAAGGCAGGGCCUCCUUCAUUAGCUGACAUCUCAUCGUGCCCACCCUGUUCCAAAGCUUCCCAGCCCCUGCCUGUCUCUCUCCUCCCAAACACACAUACAGGAAAUGUCCUAAAAUGAUUUUCUCCUUGGUACAUUACCGGGCACAUUCAGCCACCAGGGGACUCCAGUUUUGCUGGGUCAGACCCAGGCUGCUCAAUUGCUCUUCUCUCUCUUGGACACCAGGGAGCAAAUUGUCCUCUAUAAUACCAGGGACACACUUCACAAUAUCAUUGUGCCAGUCAGACCUCACUAUGAGCCUGUCAUUCAGUGAGUUUGUAAAAAUCAUUGUAACAUUUUUUUUAAGCUUGUACCAAUUCUUUCCUGUAAUAAAUUUUUAAGCCUAUUUGCACUGUAAAAUAUUGGUUCUAAAUGUAGAAAAGUAGCAUGAAUUCCUGGCCUGAGGAAACCUUUAUCCUAGUCUUGGACUUUUUGCAUGUGGGGACCCCUCAUUUGCCCUUUUCUUUAAAAACAAAAUAAAACAAAACAAAAAAACUCCUUGGGGCCUUGUCUCUUUCCACGAUGUAUGGAGGCUGCAGUCACACCUAAGUGUCAAGGUAGCUGCUGCUUUUCUAAGGAUGGGGGCGGGGGACAUUGUGGGGGAGAUGCUAUUUUCUUGGUACCCCAGGCUUUUUGUCAAGAAUAGUGUAAUAAACCAGAGGAUUCAGAGAAUGAUACACAGUGAUUCUGAGGUUUAUUUCAAUUAUUAGAACUGAAAACACAGUUAUCCCGUUAGUAUGAUUCAAGAUUUUUUCCAAAAAUACACUGGGUUGCUCUUGCUUCCAGUGAUACUCACCUGCCCAUUUUCUGCUUACUCACUUUGUCUUUAGAAAAUUUGACUGCUUUUUAUCUCCUUCUGAUUGGCUUUUCAGUUGCAAAUUCAGAGAGUACUAUAUAUUCUGUGUUCCAGGUCACUUCUAAAAAGUGUUAAAUAAGAACAGGCCUAGUACUUAUCUAUAUUACUUUACUCAGCGUUUUUCCUAAUAUUUGAAGAUCUCAUUCUUUUUAAAAUUAUUACUAUGGAUUAUGCCACAAGUAUACAGAUAUCUGUAAAAUGCACAGAAUAGAGCCUGAUAUACUAUGUUACAUCAGUUUCUCCAGGUUCCAUAGAUGGUCCUGUAUUUCCUGUGUUCCUUUCAGAAUUGUUAAAAUGAUUAUUAAUUUAGGAGCGGGUGUAAUGAUGUUGUAUUGGCAGUGUGCCAGCCAAUGGUGUUAUACAACACAUUUUUUUAAUUUUAAAAUUUUUAAAAUUGAAUUCACAAUAGAGAUAGGGUUUUGCCAUGUUGCCUUGGCUGGUCUUGAGCUUCUGGGCCCAAGAAAUCCACCAGCCUUAACCUCCCAAAGUGCUGGGAUUACAGGUAUGAGACACUGCGCCUGGCCAAUACAGAACAUUUUUAAAAGCCUGGUUCUGCAUGUUGCCAAACAGUCUUUAUGGAGACAGCAAAAAACUAUGUAUUCUCAGUGUGAUUUGUUAUUUUGAAUUUAGAUUUCUGUAGAUGUUUAUUUUUUAAAUGGAGAGCUUGUGAUGUUAGCCGUGGGCUUGUAAAAAAUAAAAAUAGAUAAAAAUUAAAAAUGGGAAGCUUAAUUUUGGAAUUAAUCUUUUUAACCUUUGGGUAGUCUUUUAGAAAGUAUAUCCUAAAAAUACAUAGCAUAACUAAAAUAUCUCAUAAAUCCUUCAGAAUGAGCUAUUUAUUAGAAUGCUGUAAAAAAUUAGAAAAUCUUAAUUUUAUGAGACAACUGAUAAAUUCAUCAUUUUAUAAAUUGUUUUAUUUGAAUGUGUGAUAAUAUAAAAUAGGGAAAUUAUGAAGUUUAUAUUCAGAGGUUAAAGAUUUUUCCAAGAUCACUAGUAAAGGGCAGAAUUAGACCAACUUCUGGACUGAACCACAUCUUUGAUGCAUUUUGUAAUUAUAUUAUUUUAAUAAGAGAACUUUAAAGAAACUCUUAUUGUCAGUAUUCUCCUAAACCUGUAGCUACAGCAUUCUAUAACAAUUACUAUUUACAAUAAUGACACAAAUUUCUAGGGUAUAUAUAAGAAAGGAUUUACCUUUUUCAAUAAAGGCUGAAACAUAGAAGGCUGGAAAAAACAAAAGGUGAAUUUUCAGUUAACCAAAAUUUUUAUUGAAGCUGGAAGCCUUAAGCAAAUUUGCAUGCACCUUUGUGUAUCUCUUAAGUUUCUUAAGCAGUCAUAUUUGUAGACACCUUUUUCAGAGUCUCCAGGUAUUUUUUAUAGUAGGAAAAAAAUCAUUUAAAUUACCUCUCAUUACCUCUGUCCUCUCUUUUAGUCCUUUGCUCUCACUAGGCUGAUUUGGUCUUCCAGGACAAGCAAGUUCUUGCAUAUUCCUGUUCCUUGAAAAACCUUCCAGUUAGUGGUCAUGUAAUAGCUUUUCACUUCUUCACAUCUUUCUUGUUAAAUCCACUGCUUCUAUAAACUGUACAUCAGUAAAAAUGUUUUAUUAAUAUUAAAAAUAAUUUUGUUUCAUUUCUUAUUUAUUAGACAUUCAUGGCUGGAAUCUCUUAAAUCUGUAUUAACUAUAGUAAGCUGCUAUGAAUGCUUCCAGUGCUAUAUAAUUAAUUCCAUCAUCGCAUCCUUAAAAUAUGCCAGCACAUGGCGCUUGCCCCUCCCUCCCUCCUCCCCACUACACACACACACACACACGCACACACGCACACACGCACACACGCGUGCGCACAGCGUACACCAAACUGCCAUUCUCCAGCAGGCCUGCUUCUGGAGUUGGGAGAUGUCAGCCUGCUGGGAGGGGGUGGGGGGAGGAGGAAGAGGUGGGGCUCUACUCUGAUUAAUUACCUUAGGCAUUCAGGGGUGGGGCUUCCUUCAGCCAUCUGCCUGAGAUAUGGGAGGGAGCUGGAGAAAGAAGGAGGGGGAGAGACUGCCAGAGAGGAAGAGAAAAGAAAGGAAGAAACAUUAGAAAGAAAAAGGAAGGAAAACGGUAUAAAGAGAGAUCAAUUACCCACCCUUAAAUAGCUAGAUUGGGGGGGGAGGGGGGUGGAAAAGAAAGCUGUGGAGGUGUGCCCCAGCACGGCUGCUUUGAAAGGUUUAUCAUCUAUCCGUUUGGUUUAUGGAGAAAAAGAAAAUGGUAACUCAGGGUAACCAGGAGCCGACAACAACUCCUGACGCAAUGGUUCAGCCUUUUACUACCAUCCCAUUUCCACCACCUCCGCAGAAUGGAAUUCCCACAGAGUAUGGGGUGCCACACACUCAAGACUAUGCCGGCCAGACCGGUGAGCAUAACCUGACACUCUACGGAAGUACGCAAGCCCACGGGGAGCAGAGCAGCAACUCACCCAGCACACAAAAUGGAUCUCUUACGCAGACAGAAGGUGGAGCACAGACAGACGGCCAGCAGUCACAGACACAAAGUAGUGAAAAUUCAGAGAGUAAAUCUACCCCGAAACGGCUGCAUGUCUCUAAUAUUCCUUUCCGCUUCCGGGACCCUGACCUCCGGCAGAUGUUUGGGCAGUUUGGCAAAAUCCUAGAUGUAGAAAUAAUCUUUAAUGAACGUGGCUCUAAGGGAUUCGGGUUCGUAACUUUCGAGAAUAGUGCUGAUGCAGACAGGGCCAGGGAGAAAUUACACGGCACCGUGGUAGAGGGCCGUAAAAUCGAGGUGAAUAAUGCUACAGCACGUGUAAUGACCAAUAAGAAGAUGGUCACACCAUAUGCAAAUGGUUGGAAAUUAAGCCCAGUAGUUGGAGCUGUAUAUGGUCCGGAGUUAUAUGCAGCAUCCAGCUUUCAAGCAGAUGUGUCCCUAGGCAAUGAUGCAGCAGUGCCCCUAUCAGGAAGAGGGGGUAUCAACACUUACAUUCCUUUAAUCAUUCCUGGCUUCCCUUACCCUACUGCAGCCACCACGGCAGCCGCUUUCAGAGGAGCCCAUUUGAGGGGCAGAGGGCGGACAGUAUAUGGUGCAGUCCGAGCGGUACCUCCAACAGCCAUCCCCGCCUAUCCAGGUGUGGUUUACCAGGACGGAUUUUACGGUGCUGACCUCUAUUCAGCUGAAGAAAUGUUAACAUCUCACUCUAAAUCUCUCAGUGGAGUCUCUGUUCCCUUCUCUGAUAUAACAGAUGGGGUGGAUAUGCAGCCUACAGAUAUGCACAGCCUGCUACUGCAACCGCAGCCACCGCUGCUGCAGCCGCUGCAGCCGCUUACAGCGACGGUUAUGGCAGGGUGUACACAGCCGACCCCUACCACGCCCUUGCCCCUGCCGCUAGCUAUGGAGUUGGCGCUGUGGCGAGUUUAUACCGAGGUGGCUACAGCCGAUUUGCCCCCUACUGAAGUGACGUGAGACCCCUGCAAAUGGGACAGCCCCCCAGUUCAUGAGGCCUGGCUAUUGCAAUAUUUACUAGUAGAGGAACUCUAUAGCAAGAUGAAGAGGAAAAACAAACAAACAAAAAAAAAACACAAAAAAAGAAAGAAUACUUUUUUAUACCUCACUAUGUUCUUUGAAUAUGUAUUUUUCCUUUAAAUUUCUGCCUUUAAUUCUUUUGUUCCAAAGAUUGUGCAUUUUUUUCUUUUUUUUUUUAAACUGUGGUAAAAAAAAAAAAAAAAUAAUGCAUUUCCAUGUCUGUAUGUCCGUGCUUAGCUUAUUCUAUCAAUCACGGAAGAGGCAGUCAAGGAGGAAGGAGAGACAUUAGGAGCCGAUAAAUGCAUCUGAUCAGAAAUCAGCAGACAGAAUUACCAAAGUGUAUCUGGUGCUGAAUGACUGAGGGACAAGCAGAAGUGGAAGAGAUCUUUCUACAACAGGAUAUUCUUCUAGUCUUCUGAGUUUCUGGUCUUUGACAGGCAAUUCUGGUUGGCUGUGGCUGGAAUCCACAUGCUGAUAGAUAGGAAUUUGUGCUUACAAAGCAGGAGAAUUAAAAAGACGCUUUCCUCUCCUCUUCCCUCCUGUCUUCUCCAUUCUUUUUACAAUCAUCUUACACGCACAGCCUGAGACAGUUGGCAUAGUUUUUGGAAUUAUAGUAUUGAUAUUUCCAAACGUGCUCUCAGACGGUGGAUAAUAAACACCUCAUUAGGAAACCGAUCUCAGAAUGAACUCUGGAGUAUGAAAAAGAUCAUUUCUUUUUGUUCCUGUAACCUAGCAUUCCUUCUAGGCUUCUUCUCCUUUAAUUGAACCACAGCUUAGCUCAUGUAUUCUUUUAUUAACACCCUGCUCUCAUGUCCAUAAGAUUCAGGAGUUUGGGACCCAGGGACAGAAAAAUGAAUGAGCCAGUGACCAGAUUUCCCCCAGCUGUCUUGAGGAUUAGAAGUACAAAUUGUUCACAGCCAUUCAAGAGGGUGAGGAAGGGAAAAGGAAUAUUAGAAGAUCUGGUAUUUCUUACUUUUUUCUUGCCUCAGAAAGUACAAAGUUUAAAAGAUAGAGUAAAGAAUCUGCUGGGGAAAGAUAGAGUACCAGGUCCUAGGUCAGUAGUCCCUGGAAGUUUUGGUGAUGAGGACAUGGAAGGGCAGGCAGAGGCACUUUGUACUUGCUCCAAAGCCAUAGGAAUUUUCAUCUUCCAGAGCCUUUAUGAGUCACUUCUCUAUCCACAGUCUUGAGCCUGUGGCUAUCCCGCUGAGCUUCUCACUGUCCUCCAAAAACACCCAGCUGAGCACCCGGACCACUUUGUAUACAUUAACACUACAGGACAUAAAAUGCAGAGGCCCUGAGAUUGCUGCCCUCCCAUAUUGGAAGGAGGGUCUGAAAUGGCAAGGGUCUUCUAUAUCACCAGAAAGAGUCACGCAGUGAGUCACUGCCAUUGCCAUCUGGCUGUAAUUUUCUAUGUUAUCAAGGUAGGAGAGAGUGUUUCUCUUCUAGCUGUUAGAUAGAACUGAUAAAAGCAAGUGUCCUACAGCAUUUCCCAAAUGAAGGCAUUAGGAAAUAGAAAAGCACGGUCUUUUUGGCUCCCUGGUCUAUUCACAUUGGUACUAGGGUGACCUUUCACCCAAGGGACAGCUGCUAAAGGGAGUAAUUCAGAGACAUGGAGCUUCUGGUUAUGGGUUUGUUUUGGGUUUGUUUUUAACUCCUGCCUCCACACAUGUUCUUGACUGAUAACUGACUCAUGUCCCUGAAUUAAAAUGACUGACCUAUGACAGCAUCAAGCAUUCUUUGUAAGCAGAAUGAUAUAUCUGAGAGGGCGUUGACCUGUUGUGUAGAAUACAUAUCCUUUCCCCCUUCAGAAUCCUGUCUCGCCUCAUAACUGGGAGAGAGGCUGUGCCUGAAACUAGGGCGAUGUCAAGGAAGCUAGAGGCCUCGAUGCAAUUAUUACUGAUUCUGCGGAGGAAGACAGAGAAUAAGGGGACACCAACUGCCCAGUCCACUGGCCAUUUUUAAGGGUCCCCCCACCCCAAGCCAAAGUUUGGUUUGUUGCUGUUAAGACAAUUUUUGUUGUAUGUAUAUAAAUAUUUUAGUUAGAGGAGCGGGGAAUGGGAUGCGGGCUUUCACAGUUCUAGGGAAUGGGGGCAGGGAGGAUUUUGCUUUUGCUUUUGCUUUGAGGGAGAACUUUAGCUGACUAAAAAGACAGAAGUUUGGGGUCAUGAUCACAAAGGGGCCAUUCCCAAAAGAUGGCAAGCCACGUAUUCAGUGGAGACUAGGCCAAAUUCUAAAUGGUUUUAUCCAUAGCAGGGGAGAAUAGGAGAAUGAGUUUAAGAGUUUUUCUCUUCUUUUUUCCUAGAAAGAGGUAAGGAUAAUGGGAAAGGUAGAGAAGGCAGCUCCCACAGACCUUUUAAGAGAGGCAGAAUCUUGAGCUUGAGGCACCUUGAGUGCAUCUCAGUUCAGCUGGUUCUGGCUGAGGCCUCCAAAGGCAAGCUCUGUGCUUUCCAGUGGUUUCUGCUGCAUUUCCAGGGAUGGUGUUUAACACCGCUUCCUCCAGCUCCCUUUUCUAAGAAAGAAUAAAUGGAGUUCUGCUUUUUAUGAAAGGGUCUUUGGUUUUCAGUGUCAACACUGAGAAUUGGGGCUCUUACAAGCAUCUGGAUUUCACAGUAUCAACCUCCCCGUCACCUUUUGAACUUUGAGACUCCAUACAGUCAACUUCACCAGAGGCAGGUUGCUCGAAGCAGCACUGCUUGUCUCUUCCUGACUCUGGUUCUCACUGUAUUAAGAAAGAGAGUCAGAGGAGUCUGGCAUUUCGUGAGUUUGUUAGAGGAUGCUGGCUGAUAAUUCCAGAAAACUUACUGAUGCUAAAUCACAGUACAUGCAUGAUUCUUUUUCAGCUUUACUAUAGUUCAUGACCUGGACUUUCUGUACUCUUGGAAGCUGGGCUCCUUAAAGGAGGCCUCUAGUGAACACCUUUAUCUCCAUGUCCCUCUUAGAGCCCAGAGAGCUGCCCAUAGGCAUUUUCCAGAAUUCCUCAUGUCACUUAGUUCAGUUUCCAUUAACUCAGAUCAGCCAUUGUGAUUCACCAUUUGUCAGGCUCUCAGGUUUAACAAAACCUACUAUCACCAUCAUCCUUCAACAGCCACAGUCUGAAUUGAGCCAACAUUUUUUUUUUCUUUGAAAAAGAAGUGGACUGGGGCACAACUUUUAGUCUGAGGGGAGCUAGUGGAAAUCUAGACAAUAGAAGUCAUCGAUAGCAGCUUUUCCUCAAACGUGUGACUCCUCAGGGGCUGAACUGCUCUUAGCUUAGAAUUAUGCUUUACUAGAGAUCUAGCAGAUAAGUGGGUUAAUCACUACCAUCCUGUAACUAGUUAUAUAGCUUCCAGACAUGAGGGAGACAUCAAACAGGGAUGGAAGCAACCCCAAGGAUAUGCAAGAAGGGCAUGAUGAACCCCCUUCCCUCUGGCGGGAGAACAAGGCCAACCAAGGGACAGACUGGAAAGCACUUAGAUGUUUAAGGAGGGGAAAGGGGAAGCUUUGAGAGUCCUCGCCUUUUGCCAAGUUCAGCCAGUUCUCUGCUGCUUGCAGCCCUCUAGCGCAGUAACAUUUGCAGAAUUGCAGAUUUUCCCCCAGAUACUAGGAGGAAAGGGACUUUGGGGGGUGGGGAAGGGGUCGUGGUGUUUUAAAAGCAUAAGUUACCUGUUUGCACUGUUUUAAGAUAGGAAAAAAAUAGUGGGCAAGGUGAACAUCAGACGUAAAUUUGUGUGUUUUUAUUUUGUCAUGCUCUUGAAAAUGUUUGACCAUUUGUAGUAUACACAGUGAAACUUGAUUCUCUGUUGCAUAAAACACUAUAUUUUUUUGGAAAUGUUACUGUCCAAAAGCCUCUUCCCUCCCUUUCCUUUUCCUAUGUACUUUCUUCAUACUUGCUUUACUGAUCAGCCAGGCAAUAGCCAUCCAAGAGCUAGAGCAUGAAACAGGGCCCUUUCCAAGUAGGCUCUAGGUGUCCUAAGCCAGCGUGUGCCCUCUGGUUUAGUGAGUGUAAUAGAGUCCCUGGCACCUUUCUUUGCAAAUGAGGCUUACAGACCAGACUGCAGCAAGUUAUCAGAUUCCUCCAUCAGAUGCACUAGGAGUGAGGAGCCCAGGGAUGGAGGGGGUUCCUGAAGUAUUGCAGUUGGCUGUAGUAGCUGAGUUCUUUUCCAUGUUACCGAAACUGUAGCCAGUUACAGUUUACUCAGGAAAACGGUAGAUCAAUUCAGCCAUGGUAGUGCUGGUUGGCAGGGAUUGGUAACGGAGAGAACUGCUCAUCAGCCAAAACUCAAGCCUUGCCUUUUAGGAGGCCACCAGCAGAGGGACUUGGUCCUCCUUGUCUGGUACUUGUGUACCUGCCGGUGACCUGAGGACUCCACUCACACUGGCGAGCAAAAAGGGAACAGUGAUUCUCUUUUCUCUCCCCACCCCCUGCCCUUUGUUACCAACACCAGUUUCCCAGGGGGUACAUGAGUUUCUGAAUUUUUAAAAAAUGUUUUUUGGUUUGGUUUUUCCGGGGACUGAUAAGUGCUUUAAGCAAUGUCCAUACCCCGUCAAGACUCCCAGCUUAGUCAUUUUCUUGUAUUUUUCUGUUCACAGUAUUUGUGUGUGUGCUUGUUUUGGCAGCUCAUUUUGGCUGUAUUAUAUAUCGAGUGAUGAAUUGAUCCUCUUUUUUCCCUAAGGGUAUGAAUUGUUUUUCUUGUGUUAUAUUCUGCUUGUGAAUAGCUGGAGCAAACCUGGGGCUGACACACGUAAGCUAGGGCUGCAAAGCGAGAAGAGAGCCGGUGGAGUGUACUUGUCCCUGACAGGCUGACCUACCUGAGUCUCUGAGCUUUUCAGUCCAAAUCUUUGCAAGGCUCAAAAUGCCACAGAACCUCUCCUCUUCUCCCCACUCCCCAUGGCAGGGAGCGGACCAUCCCUACAUGCAACAUGCUGUUCCUCCAGCCCCUCGCAUUGCCAUGGCAAAACAGGUACCUUUGGGGCAUGGGGGCAUUACAUGGGAUGCUUGUGUAAUCGACCACCUAGCCUUCUCUCUCCCCUCCCGUCCUCCCCCAGAAUCACUUCCUAGGACACCCGAGCUGCUUGCCCAGGGUCCUGUUUCCCUGCUAACUCCAGAGAAGCAUCCCAGGGCUUUGUGACAGUCUCUAAUUCCCUUCCCUUCUCGUUAAGAAUCAUAUUGUAUAGUAGCUUUCAGACCAUACAGUAUUCAUUGGGUUACUCCUAUUAUUAUCAAGUAGCUGGAAUUGUGAAGGUCGGAGUAGUUAGAUCUUUAGCUUUUAUUCCUUAUUUUUUUGUAUUACUCUCCAUGUGUAUAAAUUAUUGAUCAUGUUGCUGGCUUUUAUAAACUCUAAGCGAAGGAGGAGCACUGCCUCAGCCUUUGCACAUGGUAAUGAAGCACUGUUUUUAAAUAAAAGAGAGAAACACCA